AUGGGUGGUCCCGACGUUCCUAUUGCCCACAUUAUUCCUGGCGACAUUGACGUGGAUGGGGCUCCUGUUGAUAUUCCCAUGGCUCCCGCCGAGAUAGCGUUGCCUGAGAUUAUUGUUGUAGAUGAUGAUGAAUCGGCUGAUCCAGUAGGUGACGAGGCGGUUCCGUCACUACUUCCCCCUCUAGCAUCAUUUAUCGUCUCGGGGGGAGUUGGGGGUGCGGCUUCAGAGGGGCCGGUUGUUGCUGAUUCGGGAGAGAUUUCUCUAGGUCGAGACCUGGAUUCUCCGUCUAGGAAAAGACGUCGAGUUGGCGAGGGUUCUCCAACGAGGGAGAGUUUUCCUGGAAGCUCUUCUUCUGCUCCAGACUUGGUUCAGUGGGUCGAAGGUCAGGAUCCUGCCAGUUUGCUGAAUCCUAGAGUGCUAGCGGAAUAUAUCCGGACUUUGGCGAUUCCUGCUGAUGUUACGUGGUUUUGUGGUAGGCCGGGUCAAGAGCUUUCCGAUCUGGCUUGUUUUCAUGGUUUCUCUGCUCUUCAAUCUGUUCUGGUAUUGAACGACCGCCGACAGUGUGCCGAGGAGGAGGUCGAGCGUCUGUCUUCUCUUUUGGCGACUUCCGAGUCUGAAAGGGCGAAAUUGAAGGCCUCUUUGGAAGAGCAUGAUUCCCUUCUGGCGCAGCUCAAGGCGCAGGAUGCGAUUAAUGAUCGCCAAGUGAAAGUGAUCGAGAAAAAGACCGAUGACUUGACUCAAGAGAUUGAGGAGCUCAUUCGGAUCAAUUCCCUUGUUGGUGGGGAGAGGGACCAUCUGAGAUCGGAGGUUGAAGCAUUUCGCUGUGUGGAUCUUGUGCCGCUGCAUUUGGUGUUUGUUCUUCAGUGCUUAGGUUGA